AUAUGCAUUGAGUCCAGGCAGCAAGGUUUCUCUGGGAAUUCAGAUUCAUUGUCAGCAUGGUGUCGGAGGCAGUUGUGGAAUACUAAGAGAGAACACCAAGACAGAACCCCGGGGAACACCAGCAUUGAAGGAAUGAGCGAAAAAACCUAAAGGAAAAAUUGCAAGAAGUGUCGGGGAAGUCCGUGAAAGUGAGGUUUCAGGGAGGGGGUUCUGCCCAACGCCAUCCAACAGCAGAAGGCCUCAGUAAGGGAGAGACAGAUAGACUCGUAUUGGAGUAGGUAGAUCAGAAGCCAGGGAUGGGGCCACUUCCAAGUAAAGAGAGGCGCUGUGAGCCGGGGAAGAUGGGUAAGUGGAGACAGGAUGUAUAGACAGACGGCUGUCAAGAAAUUUGGCUAGAAGGGAACGGGUGAGACCGUGCGGUGGAUACGAGGGCAUAUUGUGUGGGUGACGAUCUGGCGAGCUGUAGCACCGGCGGGUGACCUGCUGCACUGUCACCUUUCUCUCGUGACGGCAAGGCCAGAUGAUCUGGAUGGAGUCCGCGCGGUGCGUGAUAUACCUGUGCUCCCCGAAGCUCCGCAGCCUGCGAGAGCUGGAGGCGCACCGGAUGCACCUGUCUGACAUCGCCCCCCACGACACCACCAGGGACCUCAUCCUCCUGAACCAGCAGCGGCUGGCAGAGAUUGAGCUGUCCAACCAGCUGGAGAGGAAGAAGGAGGAGCUGCGGGUCCUCUCCCAGCACUUGGCCAUAGAAAAGAAGAAAACCGAGACCUUGCUUUAUGCCAUGCUGCCGGAACAUGUGGCCAACCAGCUGAAGGAGGGCAAAAAGGUCGCCGCGGGUAAAGCAUUCCCUCCCCUUCAUGGGUGCCCCUGGGCAAGAGUAGCGGUGUGCCUCAGGGGUUAGGGGCACAGCCUCCGAAACCAGACAGCUCUGGGUUUGGAUUCUGGGUCCAUCAUUUGUUAGCAGCAUGAUCUUGGGCAGGUUGCUUGAGGUGCACGUCCUCAGUUUUCUUCUCCCAACAUCAAGAAUAAUGAAAGUAAUACCAGAGUGAAACAUGGAUUAAGUAAGAGUGCCUGUCAACUUCACCCACCUAUGGCACGUUCUCUAAGACCCGAAAGCUACGGCUUGACACUGGCCUUUUCGUCAGUGGCCACGAAUAGAGUUCUUUAGCUGGACAUAAUACACCCACACGUUACCUAAAUCAUGGGCCUCUAAAGACCAUUCUGGGAGAGCAAGCCAUUUCUGGAGGAAACGAUGCCAUGUUUACUCUGACCUCGCUUCCCACUUGUCACGGGUGCGUGUUCACCCCCAGACAUGUGUGGUAAACUAACUCAAUGCCAGGGUGCUGCCAGGUCUCGGGGACCCAAAGGAGGUCACA